UCGUUGCUUUAGUGUUUACAUCAGACGCGCCGAAAAGCGUGAACGAAUGAUCAACGUUGACAAGAAUUAAUGUGCCACAGGUUUUUAGAUGCACACUAAAAAAACCGAGCAAUGACAUCUGACGACGAGUCACGGUUGCAGAAGGGGCUGCAGUCCACAAUUGAACCCAGGAAAAGCGACCGCGGUCGAGAUGUCGAGCGCGGGCGCGAGAAACGACACAGGUCUAGGAGCAAGGAAAGAAGAAAAAGGUCACGGAGCCGUGAGAAAAGAUCCAGGUCACGUAGUCGCGAGAGAAAGAAGGAUCGAGACAGGGACAAAGGACGUGACAAAGAGAGACGCAAGGACAAGGACCGAGGAAAGGAUGAAGAUGGCAAGCCCAAUGAAUCAUCUGCAAAAGAGAAAGAUGACGAGCAGGAAGAGACAUCCACCAAAAAAGAGCCACUUUCCCUGGAGGAACUGAUGGCCAAAAAGAAGGCCGAGGAAGAUGCUCGAAGCAAGCCAGUGUUCCUGACCAAAGAGCAACGGGCGGCCGAAGCUCUGAAGCGUCGUCAGCAGGAGGUCCAGGAGCAGCGUCAGAAAAUGGAGGAGGAGCGCAAGAAGAGGCAGCAGUUUUUCGAGCAGGCCAAACGCUCUGAUGAUGUCUCCGACCGCCUGGACAGACGGAGAAAAGAGCGAGAGCGGUACCGUGAAGCUGAUGGCGAUGAGGAAGAUGGCAGAGACAAGAUCAGGGAACACAAAGACAAAGAGAAGGAAUUUGAAGCUAUCAAAGAGCGCUACCUGGGCCUCAUCAAGAAAAAGCGGCGCGUGCGGAGGCUAAACGACCGCAAGUUUGUCUUCGACUGGGAUGCCUCGGAAGAUACUGCAGUCGACUACAAUCCAAUCUACAAAGAAAAGCACACUGUGCAAUUCUUUGGCCGGGGACAUGUUGGAGGCAUUGACCUCAAGGCUCAAAAGAAAGAACAGUCCAAGUUCUACGGCGAGUUACUGGAACGCCGAAGAACACAGGCUGAAAAGGAUCAAGAAGUGGUGCGGCUGAAGAAGAUCAAGCGCAAGGAGGAAAAACAGAAGUGGGAUGACCGGCACUGGUCACACAAGUCCUUGGAAGAGAUGCAGGAGCGUGACUGGCGCAUAUUCCGCGAGGAUUUCAGCAUCACCAUCAAGGGCGGCCGCAUCCCCAACCCACUCCGCAAGUGGUCCGAGUGCAACCUCCCCACUGCCAUCCUUGACGUCAUCAAGGAGCUUGGGUACAAGGACCCCACGCCAAUCCAGAGGCAAGCCAUCCCCAUUGGUCUGCAGAAUCGGGACAUCAUUGGCGUUGCUGAAACAGGCAGUGGAAAAACACUGGCCUUCCUGCUGCCACUGCUGGUCUGGAUCACUUCCCUGCCCAAGAUUGAAAGGCAGGAGGAUGCCGACCAGGGACCAUACGCCAUUAUCAUGGCUCCAACACGUGAGUUGGCCCAGCAGAUCGACGAAGAAACUACCAAGUUUGCCAAGAUGCUGGAAAUCCGUUCGGUGGCCGUCAUUGGUGGUCUCUCCCGUGAGGAGCAAGGAUUCCGGUUGCGUCUUGGCUGCGAG